AUGUCUGGGACAGGUCUGGGACAUGUGGUAGAUGUGUCCUAUAAGGAUCUUGGUCAGGUCUGGGAGUAUGUGGUAGAGUGUGUGUCCUAUAAGGAUCUUGGUCAUGUCUGGGACAGGUAUGUGGUAGAGUGUGUGUCCUAUAAGGAUCUUGGUCAGGUCUGGGACAGGUAUGUGGUAGAGUGUGUGUCCUAUAAGGAUCUUGGUCAGGUCUGGGACAGGUAUGUGGUAGAGUGUGUGUCCUAUAAGGAUCUUGGUCAGGUCUGGGACAGGUAUGUGGUAGAGUGUGUGUCCUAUAAGGAUCUUGGUCAUGUCUGGGACAGGUAUGUGGUAGAGUGUGUGUCCUAUAAGGAUCUUGGUCAGGUCUGGGACAGGUAUGUGGUAGAGUGUGUGUCCUAUAAGGAUCUUGGUCAGGUCUGGGACAGGUAUGUGGUAGAGUGUGCAGACAGGUGGGCCCUGAACCUUCUUAUUACAGUAGUGGAACAGGGACACCCACAGCCGUUUCUUAUUACAGUAGUGGAACAGGGACACCCACAGCCAUUUCUUAUUACAGUAGUGGAACAGGGACACCCACAGCCGUUUCUUAUUACAGUAGUGGAACAGGGACACCCACAGCCGUUUCUUAUUACAGUAGUGGAACAGGGACACCCACAGCCAUUUCUUAUUACAGUAGUGGAACAGGGACACCCACAGCCAUUUCUUAUUACAGUAGUGGAACAGGGACACCCACAGCCGUUUCUUAUUACAGUAGUGGAACAGGGACACCCACAGCCGUUUCUUAUUACAGUAGUGGAACAGGGACACCCACAGCCAUUUCUUAUUACAGUAGUGGAACAGGGACACCCACAGCCGUUUCUUAUUACAGUAGUGGAACAGGGACACCCACAGCCAUUUCUUAUUACAGUAGUGGAACAGGGACACCCACAGCCGUUUCUUAUUACAGUAGUGGAACAGGGACACCCACAGCCGUUUCUUAUUACAGUAGUGGAACAGGGACACCCACAGCCGUUUCUUAUUACAGUAGUGGAACAGGGACACCCACAGCCGUUUCUUAUUACAGUAGUGGAACAGGGACACCCACAGCCGUUUCUUAUUACAGUAGUGGAACAGGGACACCCACAGCCGUUUCUUAUUACAGUAGUGGAACAGGUUUGUCCGUAGCUGUUUAGUAACUCUCACCUUUGGUGCCCAAGCCGCUUUUCUGCUCUGCUGCCAUGGUGAUGAUGGAAUCCGGUCAGAAAAACAAGCAGGGGGUGGUGCUCCUCCCUGUCUGUUGCGAUAACAAAACUUUCAAAGAAGAAAAUGCCUAUGACUAUAGACUAAAAAUAAUCAGUUAGGGCCCAUCCCAAAUGGCACCCUAUUCCCCAUACCCUCAAAAUGAAAGCAAAAGCUUUGACGAAGGCUGUGAGCUUGACAAGCAAGUGAUACUGACAAUGGCAGUGUGUAGGAUUUUAUUAUAUAGGGAUAAGUCCCAAAAUGCACCCUAACACCUAUAUGUCCCCUUACAGGCUCUGGUCAAAAGCAGUGCGCUACAAAGGGCUGUGUCCUCACGGUUAACUCCCCCUCCUCAAAACUAAUAUUUGUAUUCCUGUAAAACAAAAACAACGUCCUUUUGUCCUUCAUGAUUCUGAAAUGGCUGACUGGACAUAGAGGGAUGGUAGAUCGUCUAUAGUCAGCUCUCUCUGUGUGUGGUCAGGUCCCACCAUGUCUCUUUCUCUCUUGUCCCAAAAGGCACCCUAUUCCCUAGUACACUACUUAGUGCACCACUACUACCCUAUGGGUCCUGGUCUAAAGUAGUGCACUAUAUAGGGAAUAGGGUGUAUUAGGGACACAUCCCUGGUCUACUGGUCACUGAUAUUACAGUGUGCAUCUGUAUGUCAGUCUAACUGUGAUGUUCUCUU